AUGGCUCUGUCUGGUGUGCUGGAUCAAAUCCGGAGUCUUUCAAAGACGCCUCCUGCUUCGCUGCGAAUCCUGAUCAAAGCAGAAGGACAACAGCUGAUUUUAACUGUGGAAAAGAACCACGGCCUCUUUGCCAGCCAUUACACUGAGACACAUUACAGGGAAGAUGGACAAGCUGUUAUGAGCACUCACAACUCUACGAUGAAUUGCUAUUACCACGGUGAAGUCCAAGGAUAUGCACACUCUGAUGUCAGCCUUAGUACAUGCACUGGUAUCAGAGGGUUUAUCUUACUUGAAAAUAAAACACUGAUGGUGGAGCCAGCUUUUGAGCCAGCGAAUGACACCCAUGUGAUUUAUGAAGGACAUCACCUACACUUCCUCUCCGGGACCUGUGGACAUGGACACAACAUAUCGACUGUCAGCUAUAUGAGCGCUGGAGGACUGCCACAAUCAUUCAGCACAAGGCAUAAACGGGAUGUUCAGAAGACCACCAAAUACGUGGAGCUCAUCAUUGUUGCAGAUAACAGGGAGUUCCAGAAACAAGGAAAAGAUGUGGAGAAGGUUAAGCAAAGGCUAGCAGAGAUUGCAAAUUACGUGGACAAGUUUUACAGAAUGCUGAACAUUCGUGUAGCUCUGGUGGGACUGGAGGUGUGGAGUGAUGUCGAUAAGUGUGCGGUUACCCAAGACCCCUUCACAACCCUGCAUGAGUUUUUGGACUGGAGAAAACUUAAACUACUUCCGCAGCAACCACAUGAUAACGCCCAGCUUAUUAGUGGGGUGCACUUCCAGGGCACCACAAUAGGCAUGGCUCCCAUCAUGAGUAUGUGUACCGCUGAGCAGUCAGGAGGCAUUGUUGUGGAUCACUCGGACAAUCCUCUGGGAGCUGCUGCGACUUUGGCACAUGAGCUAGGCCAUAACUUUGGAAUGAACCAUGACACACCAGAGCGAGGAUGUGGCUGUAGGAUGACCGUAGAUCGUGGCGGCUGCAUCAUGACCCCCUCUACAGGCCGUCACCUGGUUUCUCGUGAUAAUGUGCUUGUUGGUAAUGGUUUUCGGCAUGCAGCUGGUUCAGACUUGGGUAAACACCAGGUUGAUAAG